AUGACGUGGAGUCAUUUCAAGGAGGUCUUCUAUGAUCGGUACUUCCCCGCCACUACCAGGGAUGCAAAGGUGGAGAAAUUUCUUAACCCAGCCCAAGGGCACCUCAUCGUUCAGCAGUACGCUGCCAAGUUCAUGGAGUUGUCUCGUUUCGCCCCAUUCAUGGUUCUAGAUGAAUCCAAAAAAGAGAAAAGGUUUAAGAGGGACCUAAAACAUAGGAUCCAUGAGCAGGUGGUAGUCUUACAGGUACAAAAUUUCUUGGUGUUGGUGGAUAAAGCCACCAUAGUGGAGAUGAGCUUGCAGAGAGGUGCAGAGAUGUCAGAUAAGAGGAAGAGACCUAUGCCUCCCAGCUUCUUUGUAUAUGCUAGACAGGGUUUAUGGAGGGGGGACAGUGAUACUGUGGGCCAGAGGCCAAAUAGGGAUGAUCGAGGCUACCAGGUAUGUGUUGAGAACGAUGGGGAGAAAUGCUCUGUACGUAGAGGGAAUGAUGGGGAGGGAUGCCUUAAGAACCAUGAGAAGUGA